AUGUAUCCAAUUGUUUCAUCUGAAACUGUCGCAAGUUGGGUUUUGUCAAAUGGUAAGGAUGUUGGCAAAGUAUUAUCCAAAUACCAUCUUUCUGGAGAGGAUAUUGAAGUUAAAAAUUUGUUCACAGAUGAAGAAUGGAACGAAAUGACUCAAGAUUUUAAGAGCAAUGUUAAUUUAAAUGGUUUGGAAGAUGAACAAGAGAGGCCUAUCUAUGAGCUGAUGGACAAAAUCACCAAGAAACCUUCUGACCUAAUUGCCAGAAUUGAAAGUUGUGUGAUUAAAUUAAUGCAAUUAGAUGACUUAUUCAGACAUACCUCAUUUGGUAGCAAUUUCACAAAUACGAUUACCAGAGGAAUAUUAACUUUUGACCAAAUUUAUCAUUAUGAAGAAGGAGAAAUUCAAGGUCUUGCUUCAUCAGUAAUCACCAUCAUGAAAACCAAGCCCACUGACAGAAGCUUAAUUGGACAAAAGAUGUAUUUCAGAAUCAGCAAGGAUCAAUUUGAAAUGUUAAUUGGAUUAAGACCUGGUGGUCUUCCCUCGGCACCAAAAAGUAAAAAAUGGAUGGUCAAAGUUGAUCUAGCAGUUGUGUUACAAGAUGUGUUGAUAAACAAAGGAAUAAAAACAAUGGCAUAG